AUGCCGGAGCGGCUGAAGACAUACUUCGGCGACGCCGACAACGAGCCUGCCCAGCAGGUCUCAAAGGCUGUCCCCGACCCCGCGCCCGAGGAGGCCGACCGGAAGAAAAAGCGCAGCAAGCGGAAGCGCGAUCAACCCUCCGACGAACACUCACCGCGCAACGAGUCAAUUCACAAAGAACCCGUUAAAGCCCCUUCGCCAGUGGUUGAUAAUGUCGCAUCAGAGCCAGCGGAAGCCAACGGCGACAUGAUCCAGCAAGAACUACCCAGCAAAUCCCAACAAAAGCCUAAAUCAACAUACCAGUCCAAACCCAAGACCUUCGAUUCCAAGACGAAUUUCUCCUCCCUCCGCGAGAAGGCAGCUACCCUUUACGAACAACGCAAGAAACUCCCCAUUUUUGGCCAUGCCGACGAGAUACGGCAGAAGCUCCGGGAUCAAGAUGUGAUGCUGCUGGUCGGUGAAACGGGUAGCGGAAAGAGUACGCAGAUCCCGCAGUUCUUGGUCAAUGAGUUUUGGUGUCGACCGACCGAUACGAAAAUUACAAAGAAGGAUGGUUCGGAGAGAUCAGUUAAGGUUGGUGGCUGCAUCGCUAUCACGCAGCCUCGUCGAGUCGCUGCCAUCACGCUUGCCCGCCGUGUCGCCGAGGAAAUGGGGACACCGCUUGGCUCAUCAUCGCCGGCAAGCAAGGUUGGAUAUUCGGUACGAUUCGAUACGUCGACUUCGCCGAGUACCCGGGUCAAGUUUUUGACAGAGGGAAUGCUGCUACAGGAGAUGCUCCACGACCCGUGGCUCACCAAGUACAGCGCGAUCGUGGUUGACGAGGUCCACGAACGAGGUGUGAAUGUCGAUCUGGUGACUGGAUUUUUGCGCAAUUUGGUAUCCGGAGACAAAGAGGGCAGAGGUGGUGUGCCGCUCAAGGUGGUGGUUAUGAGUGCUACGGCAGAUAUGGAAAGUCUCCAGGGCUUCUUCCAAGAAGGCUUCAAGUUGGAAGUGGAGGAACAAAAGCGCAUACAGAACGGGUUCGCGAAGGCUGAGAAGGAAGACGAGAAGAUCAAAGAUAUUUCGGUUUGUCAUAUCAAGGGUCGCCAAUUUCCCGUCAAAACAAUCUACUCUCCCGAGCCCGUGCAUGAUUUCGUGGACGCCGCUCUUAAAGUGAUCUUCCAGAUCCACUACAAGGAGCCCAUGCCUGGUGACAUUUUGGUCUUCCUGACUGGUCAAGAAACCGUCGAGGCCCUCGAACAUUUGGUCAAUGAAUACGCUAUUGGCAUGGAUCCGGGUCUACCCAAGAUCCUGGUUCUUCCACUCUUUGCAGCUCUCCCCCAAGCUGCUCAACAGCGAGUGUUCAUGCCCGCACCACCUCGCACACGAAAGAUUGUGCUCUCGACUAACAUCGCUGAGACUUCCGUCACUGUUUCGGGGGUGCGAUUUGUGGUGGAUUGCGGAAAGGCAAAGGUUAAGCAAUUCCGGUCGCGACUGGGACUGGACUCUUUGCUGGUGAAGCCGAUUUCCAAAUCCGCAGCCAUACAGCGAAAGGGUCGUGCGGGUCGUGAAGCCGCCGGCCAGUGUUUCCGUCUAUAUACUGAAAAGGACUAUCUGACCCUCGACGAAACGAAUACCCCCGAAAUCCUGCGAUGCGAUCUGAGCCAGGCGCUCCUGAACAUGAAAGCGCGAGGUGUCGACGACAUUGUCCGCUUCCCCUUUCUCACUCGCCCACCGCGCGAGACACUUGAGAAAGCUCUCCUCCAACUCCUCAAUAUCCAAGCCCUCGAUGACACUGGCUCGAUUAGCAAGAUUGGCCAACACAUCGCCAAGUUGCCGCUGACACCGACGCUGGGUCGUGUACUUCUUGCGGCAGCGGAACAUGGCAGCGAUUGCCUGACAGAUGUCAUCGACAUCAUCUCAUGUCUCAGUGUGGAGAAUAUCUUCCUAAACGCUAACUCGGAAGAAAAGAAGGAAGCCGCCGAGACGGCCCGACGCGAUCUUUACCGACGCGAGGGUGAUCAUCUGACAAUGUUAGCGACAGUGCGUGCCUACGCAGCCGAGAACGCUGACCGGAAAGCGUGGGCAGAGCGGCAUCUGGUCUCGCAUCGGGCGAUGCAGUCUGUCAUGGACGUCCGCAAGCAACUGCGCACGCAAUGCCGACAGGCCAAAAUGCUGCCGGCCGACCAAAGAAAUGACCACUUCCCGGACCCCUCGCCGAUUCUCAUUCUGCAAAGCUUCCUUGGUGGCUUUGCGACCAACACUGCUCGCCUGGUGCCGGAUGGCAGCUAUCGGACGGUAGUUGGCAACCAGACCGUUGCGAUUCACCCAUCUAGUGUACUAUUUGGCAAGAAGGUAGAGGCGAUUAUGUAUAACGAGUUUGUUUUUACGAAUCGCACCUACGCACGCGGAGUUAGCGCCGUGCAGAUGGAUUGGGUUGGGGAGGCCUUGGCUGCCAGUGGUUGA